AUGCCUCCCCGAUCGAGCAACCCCAGACAAUCCGUUGCUUCGCAUAGAUCGACACUAUCGCUGUCAAAGACCGAAGUGACGAUCCACGUCUAUGAUCUGCUUCCUCCGGGAAGGUUAUCCUCUGUUCUCUGGACUGUCGGCGCUUCUCUCCUUCAUUCGGGCGUCGUUAUCAAUGGCAGAGAGUAUGCAUACGGCGGACAUGAGCGACGUGGAGUCACGGGAGUCUACUGGACAAAGCCCAAGACCGAACCGCCUGGCGGCACGUUCAAGUCCGAGAUCCUCCACGGAUUCACCUUUGCGACCCAGGCCGAAAUCGAUGCGAUACUGGAGGAAGCAUCGAAGGAGUUUCUGGGCACUUCCUACAACCUUUUGACCAAAAACUGCAAUCACUUCACCUCGUACCUAUGCAAGAAGCUGACCGGACGUCCCGGUCCCGGCUGGCUGAACCGUGCGGCAAGCAUUGGUGUCGCGUUACCAUGCGUCGUCCCCCGAGACUGGAUCGACCCACCCGAGUACGAUACCGCCGACGGCGCGCUCUUGGAGGAGGACGACGACCAUGCACACGAAGGCUCUAGGAUGCUGAAGCAGUCGCCGCCGAGUUUCCUUACCCAGAACUCAAAGGGCCAAGACGAGGAUGCCGACUGGAACAGCGACGAGGAGCGCCGCCGCGGUGGUAACGGCAAGGGCAAGAAGGCAGUAAGGGACUCUGCAGGGCGCGAUCUGCCUGCAGCAGAGAGGGCCCCUGAUCGGAAGUAA